AUGGAUUGCAGAAGCCUAGCUCGCCUGCUAGAUAGCAGUAGCCACCUAUUGCCUAGCGAUGAAGAGUCAAAAUCGCUUUUUCAUGUCACUCAGAUCAAGGCAGACAGCCUGCAGCUUUGCUUAGAGAUGGAAAGUACGUUUUGCGAUAUUAUUAUCAACAUUGCGAGUACCACCUGGACACAAUUUGCUACUGAUAUUGCCAACAGCCUCCUUGGACAGCAAGACACUUGGAGCCGGAUUCAAAUUACGUUCAGUGGUUUUAAGUCUUUGAUGUACAACCUGAACUGCUUUCCUUCAUUUUGGACUGUUGUCAGAGGCUUUGGGCUCAAGUUUGAGCCCAAGGACGAAAAUCAUAUCGAAUACAGAAGCAAUUUCGAUUUCGGAACUGUGCGCGAGCUCGGAAAGGUAGAAAUGUGCUAUAAUAUUCGGUACUUUGAUUUACACAAUCGGCCACAUACGAAGGCCCUUUGGUCUGAACGACAAAUGGCUGUGUACCAGUGUUUUAAUAUAGUUGAUAAAACUUCUAUAUGGGUCAUUAUACAGGCCCCAGCUAGAAUCAAAUCCCGCCUCAGAGACUUUCUCGCGGCACCGUGUGGAACGAAAUUGGCUGCGACUGACCAUGUGGCACCGCAUCUCCUUUUCUUCUUCCAGCUGGCAGGCAGCUGGAGGGCUUAUGUCAACUUUCUUGAUGUUCAGCUUAUGGAAAUGGAUGAGAAAGCAUUGCAUUCGAAUGUCGGUAGCGUUUGCAAAUCCGAUUACACCGUAUCGUUCAGCGACACCCAAAAGCUGGAGCUCAUUAGGAGAAAGUUGGUCAAAGCAGCUCUGGUCCUAAAGUCAAAUACAGAUGUUGGGAAAUCAUGGCGUGAAGAUAUGGUUGAGUUAAAAAAGCAAAUACCCAACCUCGAACUACAAGGCACACUUAGGAUCGUCCAACAGUACGUCACCGAUCUCGAAAGACAUUCAACAGUAGUCCAUUCUCUUUUAGAGAGGCUAAGUGGGACGGAGAAGCUGCUGUUUCAAAUGCUUGAGUAUAGACAUGACGAGCUGAAGAUCCGGACCAACAAUUCUAUCCAUAGUAACGGCGAACAACUGAGAAUAAUUACAGAACACACAGUAGCUGGAAAUGAUUUUAUGACGAGAUUGACUGCAGAUAUCCACAAGGAUUCGAAGUUUAUCAAGAUCAUAACCUUCAUCGCCUUGUUAUACACCCCAGUCUCAUUGAUAGCAUUCUAA